GGGUCGGUCGAAUGUAACACAUAAGUUGGUUUUGAUAAAAUCUCUGUCGGGAAAUUCAUUUGAAAUUUUGAAUGACUUACGCCGGUAACAAGCAGACGAAGGCAAAAAAUGACAAUAAGAAGUGGACAACUGAGUGAUCUUAUUUCCAAAUUUUGAAAGAAAGAAAUUUGUGCCGUACUAAAAUUAACAAUUCCAAAAUAAACUUAACAUGGGACCAAAAGCAAAAACCAAGUCUAUUCAAAACCGAAAGAUUGGUGGGAAAAGCGAUCAUUUGUCUCGCGAAAAACAACCGGAGAAAGUCACUGACAGGCUGAAGGAAGGAUUCCACAGAAAAGAGGAUACCAAAGAUAUAUGGUCUCCUAAUAUAAAAACUGUUUUCAAAGCAUUAGCUUCAGCUAGAUUGUGUGCAGCAGUUUGGAACAACAUCACAGACUGUGAUGAAACUUACAAUUAUUGGGAACCAUUACAUCAUUUAUUGUUUGGCUCUGGGUUUCAAACAUGGGAAUACUCCCCAGUUUUUGCCUUACGGUCAUACCUUUUUCUUCAUUUAUAUGCCUUGCCAGCAUGGAUCUAUGGUCUAAUUUUCCACUCUAACCAAGUUCUAGUUUUCUACUUUUUGAGAUGGCUGCUAGGUUUUGCAUCUACCACUUGUGAAACUUACUUUUAUAAAGGAGUUCUUCAACAGUUUGGUCCGAAAGUUGGAAGAUUGACUUUUUUGUUCCUUCUGUUUAGUGCUGGGAUGUUUCAGUCCUCAUCAUCUUUUCUCCCUCCACAUUUUCUAUGUAAGGUUUAGCCAUUAUUUCAAGAAGUUCUGUGUGGAAUGGGAGCAUGGUUUCAAGGCAACUUUGUGUUGGCAGUUCUAUCAACAGCAAUUUCUGCUUUCUUAAGUUGGCCUUUUGCUGGCAUUAUAGGAAUUGGAAUUGCAGUAGACGCAUUAGUUCUAAGAAAAAAAUGGCGAAUGUUUAUCAGUUGGUGCAUUAUAUCAACUUUCGUCAUUCUGAUUCCUAUAAUUCUAGUCGACUCCUACCACUAUGGGCGCUUGGUAGUAGCCCCAUUGAAUAUCGUUUUGUACAACGUAUUUUCUGGCCAUGGGCCUGAUUUGUACGGGACGUCUCCGUGGACUUUUUACUUUUUGAAUGGGUUCCUCAACUUCAACUUCAUUUUCCCCUUAGCACUCGUUGCUCUUCCUGCUCAUUUGAUUACAAGAAAACUUAAACCCAUAAAAAAUCAGUCGUUUCCCAUUUGGCUAGCACUUUUGCCUCUGUACGUUUGGAUCCUCAUAUUUUUCACCCAGCCUCACAAGGAGGAAAGGUUCCUUUAUCCAAUCUAUCCAUUGUUUGGACUUGCUGGGGCUAUCACCUGGACAUGUGCGGAAUCAUGUUUGAGGGCAUUAAAGCUGUCUGAAAAAUUUGUGCAAUCCGUGACGUUGGCGCUGGUAAUUUCAUCAUCCAUUGUUUCUGUCAGCCGGAUUGUUGGCCAGUACAGAGGAUAUCAUGCCCCUAUGGAUGUGUUUUUAGAACUGAACCGUUUGUCGUGGGAAAAUGAGGGAGACACAAAGGAAUACAAUGUCUGUGUUGGUAAAGAGUGGCAUCGCUUUCCUUCAAGCUUCUUCCUUCCAAAUAACAUGAAGUUGCGUUUUAUACCCUCUGAAUUCCGGGGCCAACUGCCACGUCCAUUUGAUCCGCCUCCUAAUGGGACUUGGACAAUACCACCGUACAUGAAUGAUCUCAAUAAAGAAGAGCCAACGCGAUAUGCUACCCUAAAAGAUUGCCAUUAUUUGGUGGAUCUGGAAACCGGUCAAGCUACCGAACGCGAACCACAAUAUAGUCAAAUGACCUCCGAAUGGGAGAUCAUUUUUCAAGUAGAUUUCCUUGAUAAUGCCAGAUCACCACAAUUUUUGAGAGCUUUCUACAUCCCUUGGUUUAGUGAGACUUAUUGCAAGAGAAUUCCUUACGUGUUGCUCAAGCGGCGGCCCAUCUCCAACAAGAAAAAGAGGCAACGUUGAUAACAUUAUCCAACGGUCUUGUAUUCUGUUGUUUUCUCGUCAUUGUUUUCGUGGUUUGAUUUAAAUGGAGUGAAACAGUGACAUUGGAACUUUCAAAUAGAAUUAAAAGGUCUGGUGAUGAAAAAA